AUGCACGUCCACUAUUGCAUACCAUUGAAAGAUAUUCAACUGGUUCGACAACAAUUCAAAGAACAAAAUCGUCUUCUAAUGAAAACUUACCGAUCCCAUGGCAUGUAUUCAUGCAGCGUCGAUGAAUUCGAAUCCAAUGUCUCCAAAUUCUUUACACAAACCAAUGCGUAUCAUUUAAUCGAAACAUUAAAAGAACCGAAUUCCUUUGGCACGGCAACAUAUUUGGCUGAUCUUGUUAACGCAGUGAAAACAAUGCUCGAUCAUCUUGUACAACAGCAAUCGAUCAAUUCAAAACAACGUGAAUGUAUGCAAACUGGACGUUGCAGUGUUCAAUCCGAUUAUCUCUUCUUUUUACCGGACACACGCAAAAAUGGAUUCACUUUACAACCAAUGAUGGUUUCUUCGACCAGUCCAUUCGCCAAUAUGUCUCAAUUCGUGAAUGAUCUUCUACAACCGAUUUAUCGUCAAUUCGCAUCGAACACCAGUUAUUUCAAAGGAGCUGAUGCUAUUCGAGCUCUUGAACAAUAUCAAAAGCAAAAUUAUCUACGAUCAACAACAAUCUUUGCUACAUUACAUAUUCAUCCUAUCUUAACUGUAUUCGAUCAUGAACAUGCCAUUCAAACAUUGGAACGUUUCCUCAAUGGUCGUACCACAGCUGAACAAAUGCGAGGUAUCUCAAUUUCAACGAUUCUUCGAUUGGUUCGUCUAGUUCUGGAACAGCAAUGGUUUAUUUAUGAUGGCAAAGUCUACAAACAAGUUCGUGUUGGUAGUUGUGAUUCACCAUUGAUCGUAUUCUUAGCCAAUCUUAUUCUUUUCGAUUGGGAACAAGAAUGA